AUGAAUGCUGUGGAAAUUCCUGAGGGGCAGGAGCUGCAAAAGCUGGGGAGUGGAGCCUGGGACAAUCCCGCCUACAGUGGUCCCCCUUCCCCACAUGGGACGCUGAGGGUCUGCACCAUCUCCAGCACAGGGCCCCUCCAGCCCCAACCCAAGAAGCCUGAAGAUGAACCCCAGGAGACGGCACACAGGACUCAGGUGUCCAGCUGCUGCCUCCAUAUCUGUCGAGGCAUCAGAGGACUUUGGGGAACAACCCUGACUGAGAACACAGCUGAGAACCGGGAACUUUAUGUCAAGACCACCCUGCGAGAGCUGCUGGUAUAUAUUGUGUUCCUGGUGGACAUCUGUCUAUUGACCUAUGGAAUGACAAGCUCCAGUGCUUAUUACUACACCAAAGUGAUGUCUGAGCUCUUCUUACAUACUGCAUCAGACACUGGAGUCUCCUUUCAGGCCAUCAGCAGCAUGGCAGACUUCUGGGAUUUUGCCCAGGGCCCACUACUGGACAGUUUAUAUUGGACCAAAUGGUACAACAACCAGAGCUUGGGCCAUGGUUCCCACUCCUUCAUCUACUAUGAGAACCUGCUGCUGGGGGUUCCGAGGCUGCGGCAGCUAAAGGUCCGCAAUGACUCCUGCGUGGUGCAUGAAGACUUCCGGGAGGACAUUCUGAGCUGCUAUGAUGUCUACUCUCCAGACAAAGAAGAACAACUCCCCUUUGGGCCGCUCAAUGGCACAGCGUGGACAUACCACUCGCAGGAUGAGUUGGGGGGCUCCUCCCACUGGGGCAGGCUCACAAGCUACAGUGGAGGUGGCUACUACCUGGACCUUCCAGGAUCCCGACAGGGUAGUGCAGAGGCUCUCCGGGACCUUCAGGAGGGGCUGUGGCUGGACAGAGGCACUCGGGUGGUGUUCAUCGACUUCUCAGUCUACAAUGCCAACAUCAAUCUUUUCUGUGUCCUGAGGCUGGUGGUGGAGUUUCCAGCUACAGGAGGUGCCAUCCCAUCCUGGCAAAUCCGCACGGUCAAGCUGAUCCGCUAUGUCAGCAACUGGGACUUCUUUAUUGUUGGCUGUGAGGUCGUCUUCUGCGUCUUCAUCUUCUACUAUGUGGUGGAAGAAAUCCUGGAGCUCCACAUUCACCGACUUCGCUACCUCAGCAGCAUCUGGAACAUACUGGACUUGGUGGUCAUCUUGCUCUCCAUUGUGGCUGUGGGCUUCCACAUAUUCCGAACCCUCGAGGUGAAUCGGCUCAUGGGGAAGCUCCUGCAGCAGCCAAACACAUACGCAGACUUUGAGUUCCUCGCCUUCUGGCAGACGCAGUACAACAACAUGAAUGCUGUCAACCUCUUCUUCGCCUGGAUCAAGAUAUUCAAGUACAUCAGCUUCAACAAAACCAUGACCCAGCUCUCCUCCACGCUGGCCCGCUGUGCCAAGGACAUCCUGGGCUUCGCCGUCAUGUUCUUCAUUGUUUUCUUCGCCUAUGCCCAACUCGGCUACCUGCUUUUCGGGACCCAAGUGGAAAACUUCAGCACUUUCAUCAAGUGCAUUUUCACUCAGUUCCGGAUAAUCCUCGGGGACUUUGACUACAAUGCUAUCGACAAUGCCAACCGCAUCCUGGGCCCUGCCUACUUUGUCACCUAUGUCUUCUUCGUCUUCUUCGUGCUCCUGAACAUGUUCCUGGCCAUCAUCAAUGACACAUAUUCAGAGGUCAAGGAGGAGCUGGCUGGACAGAAGGAUGAGCUGCAACUUUCUGACCUCCUGAAACAGGGCUACAACAAGACCCUGCUAAGACUGCGUCUGAGGAAGGAGAGGGUAUCGGAUGUGCAGAAGGUCCUGCAGGGUGGGGAGCAGGAGAUCCAGUUUGAGGAUUUCACCAACACCUUAAGGGAACUGGGACAUGCAGAGCAUGAAAUCACUGAGCUCACGGCCACCUUCACCAAGUUUGACAGAGAUGGGAAUCGUAUUCUGGAUGAAAAGGAACAGGAACAAAUGCGACAGGACCUGGAGGGAGAGAGGGUGGCCCUCAACACUGAGAUUGAGAAACUACGCCGAUCCGUUGUGAGCACCCCACAAGGCGAGUCUGGUCCAGAGGCUGCCAAAGCAGGAGGCUGGGUUUCAGGAGAAGAAUUCUACAUGCUCACAAGGAGAGUUCUGCAGCUGGAGACUGUGCUGGAAGGAGUAGUGUCCCAGGUUGAUGCUGUCAGCUCAAAGUUGAAAAUGCUGGAGACGAAGGGGUGCCUGGUUCCCUCCCCAGGCGUGGAGGAACAAGCUAUUUGGAAGCACCUGCAGCCAGCCCCAGCUGUGACCCCAGACCCCUGGGGAGUCCAGGGUGGGCAGGAGAGUGGUGUCCCCUAUAAAGGUUCCCUAUAA